ACGAAAUCUCACUUGACAUUUCGUUCGUCGUUUGCUUGCUUUAUUUGAUCGCUUCCAUCAAAUCAUUUUUGAUUACUCACUGUAAUUUGUAAUUGUGUUAUAUCUUACUUUCAAUUAAACUAUUAAAGAUGUUCCUCACCCGAUCUGAGUAUGACCGCGGUGUCAACACCUUCAGUCCCGAGGGAAGGCUGUUCCAGGUGGAAUAUGCCAUUGAAGCUAUUAAAUUGGGAUCGACGGCGAUAGGAAUUUGCACUUCGGAAGGUGUUGUUCUGGCUGUUGAGAAGCGUAUCACGUCUCCCCUUAUGGAGCCGACGACUAUUGAAAAGAUCGUGGAAGUUGAUCGCCACAUCGCUUGCGCCGUCUCAGGGCUGAUGGCUGAUUCCAGGACACUAGUGGAGCGUGCGCGUGUAGAGUGCUUGAACCACUGGUUUGUGUACAAUGAGCGCAUGACCGUAGAGUCGUGUGCGCAGGCGGUGUCCAACCUCGCCAUCCAGUUUGGUGACAGUGAUGACGACAGUGGCACUGCCAUGUCCAGGCCUUUUGGUGUUGCAGUUAUGUUUGCAGGUAUUGAUGAAAAGGGACCCCAACUGUUCCACAUGGACCCCAGCGGCACAUUUGUGCAGUAUGACGCUAAAGCUAUUGGUUCCGGCAGUGAAGGUGCUCAGCAGAGUUUGAAGGAAGUAUACCACAAGUCCAUGACCCUGAAGGAGGCCAUCAAGUCCGCCCUCACCAUCCUCAAGCAGGUGAUGGAGGAGAAGCUCUCGGAGAGCAACGUGGAGGUGGUCACCACCACGCCCGACGCCAUGUUCCACAUGUACUCGCGGGAGCAGCUGGCCGAGGUUAUUAAGGACAUACCUUAAGUAGAUAGAUGGUUGGUGGUGUGGUCGGACCUUUAUUCAAAAGUCUACCACUUAUAGUCUGUUCUUUUAGGUAUUUUUUUUUCAGAAUGUUAACAAAUAAAAACAUUUGAUUCGGUUAUUUAACCCUUUGAACGCCACGCCAAUCGUGCGCGGCGCGUCAUCGUGAAUCUUGUUGGAAUACACGAAGCUAUUGAGCUGUAGCCGCGCGGUAUGGCGGUUAACUUUUUGACAGGUUAACCAAUGACAUCAACAUUUUGUAUUUUAGACGAAAGACCGGGUCGCGUAUUGAUUACAUUCUAUAAAAUAUUUAAAAGAACAGACUAAAGACUUGUAUAUUUUCUUCACGUGAAAACAUUACGGAUGCUGUUGAAUAGUAUGAGUAAAUAUUUCAAAAUAAAACUGUAAUGAAAAUAAAAUGAUUGGAAAAAAUAUUGGGCAAAGGAUUCAAAAUAGAUCGAUCGGAAAUCCUUUAUAAACUGAAUAAAAUCUCUGAAAUAAUGGCCACACCAAAAACCAGUGUAUUGUAAUUAGAAGUAAUAUUUGAAGUAAAUUGUAUUUUAGUAGCUAUCAAAAAUAUGUCGAUUAUUUAUAAAACUAUUCUAAAUUACAUUUAUGUUUAUAUAAACUCAUAAUACUUCAUGACAUGAAAUGUCCAUUAAAUAUUUAAAUAACUUACACACACACCCACUUCAAUAACAUUCAAACAUUUUAUCUUAUAUUCUCUUAUACAAAAAUCAAAAUUAUUGGAAUGUAAGUAUGUUGAUUAUAAAGGCCCCCAGUUUUGCUUCGGGCUUCUAACAUGCCCCUUACGUCACGUCUAUUUACUUUACACACAAUUGGAUAUUAUGUUUUAUGUUGGGAUAUAGUAUACAAUGUACACAUUCUCUCGAUAAUGUAGCUUUAAUGCAGUUUAUUUUAAAUAUUGCUUACACGGUGUCGGAGUACACGGAAUCUUACUGUAAGUAUUCUUUUAAUACAAAAUACAUCAACUUUAUUACAA